ACUCUUUUUGUAAAAAAAACUUAAUUGUUGCGUUUCAUUAUUACCAAAUACGUAACAAAUUGGUGACCCCUGACGCUAAGAUUUCUACAACUACAGGUUUAAUAAUGGCAACGAGCGAUAGCAAUUCAUCAGUGCAAAUGCAAAUUUCCCGCGUAGCUGUGAAAGCUCCACCAUUUUGGCGUGCCGACCCUCUUUUGUGGUUCAAGCAAAUGGAAUCUCAAUUUUUAAUGGCUGGUGUUACGCAAGAUGCGACAAAAUUUCAUACCGUCGUGGCUUCAAUUGAAAGCAAUAUAUUGGAAAAGGCAGCAGAAAUUAUUGUAAAUCCUCCUUCGGAAAAUAUGUAUGACACGCUUAAAAAUAAAUUGAUUAGCAGUUUUACGGAUUCCGAGGAGAAGCGUCUCAAAAAGCUGUUGACAAAUAUUGAACUCGCGGACAAAAAGCCAUCCGAAUUGUUGUGGGAAAUGCGGUCUUUAUCACAAGGUAAGGUGUCAAAUGAUGUUUUGAAGCAGCUUUGGAUGCAGCGGGUUCCAACUGAAAUGAAGACAAUUUUAUCCGUCAGCGAAGAUGAUCUGAACAAAUUAGCUACCAUGGCCGAUAAGAUUGCUGACUGUAGCGAAUCAGAAAUAUGCAGUUUUUCACCUCCUGUGAAUCGUUUGGAAGAAAUUGAAAAGAAGUUGGCUAGCCUUUGCACACAAAUAGAAUCAUUUCGUAAGUCCAGAAGCCGUAGUAAGUCAUCAUCUUCAAAACGUUCACAUUCAAAAUCCGGCAGCAAAGCGAAACCUUAUUGCUGGUAUCAUUUAAAAUUUGGAGAAAAUGCCAGGAAAUGUGUAGCUCCAUGUACGUAUAAAUCUUCAACUUCGGAAAACUAAAUGGUGCGCCGUCUUUGGUGACGGAUGGGUGCACCCCAGAAGUAUGUCGCCUGUUUGUUCGGGAUAUCAAAUCGAAAACCAGGUAUUUAGUAGAUACAGGAGCGGAUUUAACAGUAUAUCCAGUCUCACGAUCCAUGCGCAAUCAACCACCCAGUCAACUUGUUUUAUAUGCCGCAAAUCAGACACCAAUUAAGACGUAUGGAACAUUGGGACUAAGUCGAUUGAUUUGGGACUAAGUCGAUUGUUUAAAUGGGACUUUGUGAUUGCUGAUAUUCAAAAGCCAAUUAUCGGAUCUGACUUUUUAGGUAAAUAUGGACUACUUAUCGACAUAAAGAAUAAUAGUUUGAUAGACCCUCACACGAAUCGUGAAUGUGGUGGUUCUGUAGCAAGUGUUCAAAACUCCUCCAUAAAGUGCAUAUCAAGUUCGACGAGUUACGCAUCGUUAUUGCAGGAAUUCAAUGAUUUAGCGAAAGUGAAUUUCAAAUCUAAGGCAAGACACUCAAUUUACCAUCAUAUAGAAACCACCAAAGGUCCUCCCGUUUUUUGCAAAUCCAGACGUUUAUCGCCGGAAAAGCUACAACUUGUUAAAAAAGAAUUCGAAGAAAUGAUUCGACUUGGUAUAUGUCGUCCAUCAAGUAGCAGUUGGGCUAGUCCGUUGCAUAUGGUGCAGAAAUCCAAUGGAGAAUGGCGCCCAUGUGGGGACUACCGCGGAUUAAAUGCUCGUACAGUUCCGGACCGAUAUGCUGUUCCCCAUAUUCAUGAUUUUGGAGCAUUACUUGAUGGUAAGAAUAUUUUUAGCGAGGUGGAUUUAAACAAAGCAUACCACCAUAUACCAGUGGCAGAGGAGGAUAUUAAAAAGACUGCAAUAACGACUCCCAUUGGCAAUUUUGAGUUUCCCAGGAUGACAUUUGGAUUGUGCAACGCUGCACAAAUUUUCCAGCGGUUUAUGCACGAGGUAACAAGAGAUCUUGAGUUCGUUUACGUAUAUAUAGACGAUAUUCUGAUUGCAUCGAAAGGCCCAGAGGAGCAUAAAAAGCACCUACGACUACUGUUUGAAAAGCUGCGCGACUGGUCUUACUAUCAACAUUAAAAAGAGCGUAUUUGGUGUAUCGGAGUUGGAAUUUUUAGGAUAUCUUGUGACAGAGAAUGGUUUGAAACCUCUUCCUAGUAGAGUGGAGGCUAUUCAAACGUUCAAGCUUCCUAGUACAGGCAAGGAUCUUCGGCGUUUUCUUGGAAUAAUCAACUUCUAUAGACGAUUCUUACCCGGCGCUGCAAAAUCUCAAGUAGCCUUGAAAUUUCUUGUUCUGGAUGACAAACGAAAAUUUGUAAAUAUGAGGAGUUGGAAAUUGUCUUUCAAACAAUAAAAACCUUAUCACUCUUUUUGUAAAAAAAACUUAA